AUGCUAAAACAUCCUUCAGAAAAGACCUUUUGACCUUUGACGCAUGCGUGUCGAGACCGGAUAAACACCUCGGAGGCCAGCUGUCGCUCUUCUCUGCCCGAGACUGAAGCGGAACCGACGUUUCGUGUCUUUUCAGACUUAAACAUGCGUUACGUGGCCGCUUACCUGCUGGCUGUGCUCGGGGGCAACAGCAGCCCCUCGGCCAAGGACAUCAAGAACAUUCUUGGCAGCGUCGGGAUCGAGGCCGACGAUACACGUCUGAACAAGGUCAUCAGUGAACUGAAUGGAAAAGACGUGAACGAAGUACUGAACGCAGGCCUGUCGAAGUUAUCCUCCGUGCCAGCAGGUGGCGCUGUAGCUGCUACUGCGGGCCCUGGAGCAGCUGCUCCUGCUGCUGCUGGAGCUCCUCCUGCUGCAGAAGAGAAGAAGGAAGAAAAGAAAGAGGAAUCUGAAGAGUCCGAUGAAGACAUGGGCUUUGGCCUUUUCGAUUAACCUUUCUGUAUUUCAGAAAAAGCAAUAAAAAAUUAGUAAAAGAGA